AUGAGCACCAGAAACAACCGAAAGUCCAGAAAAACGGCCACGGAGCCUCCCGAGACUCUCAAGUAUGUGCGAUUCGACGGUCUGCGCAAGGCGGCAGAGUUUUCGCUUCAGGAAACCGUCAACAAAUUCAACGUUGAGAAGCUCGUCGAGUGUUAUCCCGGGGUUGAUCGCGAGACUUUGACAGAUUUCCAUCAGCAAAUCACCGAAAUGUGGACCAGCAAAGCCUUGGACGAGUUCCAAGGAAUUUUUCUGGAAAAGGACCUGGAACAAAAACUCAAUGAGCUCGACGAGAUUAUAUUUGAAUCGCGACAACGGCAACAGCGCAACGAACCCCCAUUUUUGAUUCACAGGCUCAGCGCCGGAGAAAUUGUGCAGACAAAACUCGCAGACGCUAAACGGCGGUCGAUCAGCACCCUAAGCGACAAACUCGAGCUGUUGCGACAGGAGAAUGACGCUCUGGUGAGCCAGGUGAGACAGAUGCACGACGAAAGUGCACAGAAUUUCCAGGCAGUGGAGCAGUCUGUUUUGCAUCUGGAGGAGUUGGACCGCAUGAGGGACCAGCUGAGCGACGAGCGGUUCAAACAGCUGCUCAAAUAUAUCACUGAGAAAUGUUUCUAGCGGCUCACUACGACUGAGCACUUAUGACGCUCAUGCACUGGAAGUUGUUGGCAUAGUUGGAUUUGUACAGUCUGACUCGGCCGUCGUCGCCGCAGCUGCUUACAAUCGUUCCUGUGAGGUUCCAGCUCACUUUCCAGACCUCGCCCCUAUGGUCAUUGAACGAUGCUAGCAGCUCUAUCUCAAACUCGUUGUCACGUUUCUCAACAAGCUUGAAUAUCCGCAUGAACCCGUCUUUGCACGCCGUGGCAAUCAGAUGGUAUGAGCGACCCAUCGAGGGCGCCCAGGAAACUGACCGGAUCAGCCCGUUGUGUUCGGGAAGCACGACACCCUGAUGGAACUUGUUGUCUGCCUCGUCCUUGUAAUAUAUGUAAGCUUGAUCUAAUGCACUCACAACCAGCUUCUCUGCCGAAAAUCGCGAAGGACACCAUGACAGCGAAAAGUCGCUCUGCAAAUGCGAAGCUACAGACGAGUUGAGCACGUUUAUUUCGUGCACUAGGGUCCAGCUCUUGAGAUUUGCAGGGUCUAACGAACAGUAGAUUCGAAGCUUCCCAUCUGAUCCAAUGGUACCCACACCAAGGCCCAGAUGCGAAGGCAUGAAGCAGGCAUCGUAUAACGGUCCGUGAGAGUCAGCAAUUGUACAAAGACGCCUCCAUCUUCUUCCAGAUCCAGCAGGCUCCUCAAACCGUUCUUCCCAGAUUUUGAGUGUGCGGUCGUACGAGAUCGAUAGCAGCAGAUGACCGAACUCGGGAUUGGCGAAAUCGACCUUGACUAUGGUGGAAUCGUGCGCCUUCCACGAGUCGUUGAGUAUCCAGGACGAGCUCUCAGUGUCCAGAUCGAACACCUUCAAAUGCUGGUCCGCAGAGCACGUGGCCAGCUGGCGGCCGUAGUAGUCGUACUGAACGUCUAGCACAAGGUCCUCGUGUUGGGUCAGGAAAGG